AUGGAUCUCGGAAGUAUCUUAAAUGUUAAUAAUGAAUCUACCAAUGAAAAUAACAUGUAUAUAAAUAGAUGUCGCACACCACCCCUUCAAAUUUCCACAUCUGUAAAUCAAAACCUACUUGAUAAAUUGGAUGAAGAGAAACAAAAUGCAAAAUUAAAUACUGAACCAAUUUUCUCUAAUAUUAUCGAUACUACAAAUGAGAAGUUGAUGGCAAGAUUACAAAUAGAACGUGAUUAUUAUAUAAAACCUAUUUUUAAUGCUACGACGAAAUAUAUUGACGAAUUAAUCGAGAAUAGUCAUAAUCGCAAAGAUCUCCGCCUGAAGCUUCAGACCUCAUUUCUACAAUUAGGAGAAAUGUAUUCUUUUGAAAAUCAUUAUGAAAUAAGUUGGGCACACCGAUUCGCUGAUAAACUAUAUGAAGAAAUGUCUUUAGCUUCAAUUUCACGUAAAAAUUUAUCGAGAGAAGAAGUUGAUAGAAAACAACCUGGACAUAAAAUCGAUAUUAUCUUUCGUAUAGAUGAUAUGGAGUAUUUCGGAGCAGAGACAUUUGUCGAUGGAGAUUUUCAGAACUCUGGGCCAAUAAAUUACAAACAAUCUAUAGAAAAUUUUCAUGCAUCAAAUGAUUUCUCAUCUUGA